AUGGGCCAGCCGUCACACCGCCUGCUGAAGAAGAAAAUGCUGAACCAAACCACCGUGACCGAGUUCCUGCUCCAGGGUUUCUCUGAUGUCCGGGAGCUGCAGGUGUUGCACUUUGUGGUGUUUCUAGUGAUGUAUCUGGCAGCCCUAAUGGGGAACCUUCUCACCAUCUCAGCUGUCGUCCUUGACGACUGUCUGCACACCCCCAUGUACUUCUUCCUGGUGAACCUUUCCAUCCUGGACCUCGGCUCCAUCUCCGUCACCAUCCCCAAGUCCAUGGUCAACUCCCUCCUGGAUACCAGGUCAAUUUCCUAUCCUGCCUGUGUCGCCCAAGUCUUUCUCUUUGUUGUCUUCACAUCAACUGAUUUUGCCCUUCUCACUGUCAUGGCCUACGACCGAGAGAGAGUGAUGAACAGGAGAGCCUGUGUCCACAUGGCCGCUGGAGCCUGGAUCGCUGGUAUUGUCAACUCCGCCGUGCACACCGGGAACACCUUCCGGUUACCCUUCUGCCAGUCCAACGUCCUCAACCAGUUCUUCUGUGAAAUCCCCCAGCUCCUCAAGCUGGCCUGCUCCGAUUCCUAUCACAGUGAAGUUGGGCUCAUCGCCUUCAGACUGGAUCUGGUGGUGGGUGUCCUCUACGCCGUGGUGCCUCCUAUGAUAAACCCCGUCAUCUACAGCAUGAGGAACAAGGAGCUCAAAUCUUCCCUGAAGAAACUCUUUGUGGGGAGGUUAUUCUCCAAGAAUUGA